GACAAUUAAAUCGAAUGAAAUCGCAUUAAAUCGAAUAGAACAAAAAACGAUAGCGAAACCGACAACCGAACCGAACAGAUUGCAAAAGCGCGCGCACCUCAGCGGAAAUCGUUUAUAUGGUUAGUAAAAAAUAAAAAAAAAACAAAUAGGAAAAUAGCGAAGCUCGAACAAUGGUUGUUGCUGUUGUCGCUGCCGACGUCGUUGAAAGCAACAGUAGCAGUAGCGGGGUCGACAACAGCACUGGUACCGCUGUGUCUCCAUCAUUUGUUGGUGCUACACAAGACACGGUGGUUAAUAACAAUUAUACUGAUAAGGACAACACAACAACAAGGGCUGGACAGACGGCGCUAGAUGACAGUGUUUCUUGUCUGCCGCAUUCAAGGGAUACUCAAAAGAACCUAAUUCAUAAGACGUUAAAAAUCAACCCAAGUGCGGGCAACAUUAAUAACAUCACAAACAACAACAUGACGGAUGCGGCCAAAGGAACAACAACAACGGAAUCGUCGGGGUCAAUAGAGGCCAUUCCCACCAAAAGUGCCGUCAGCCAGCGAAACGUGGAUAUCAAGAUAGAAAGGACCACUAACAUGGAAGCGGCCACCCAACAGCUAACCAAGAAGGUGCUCAAACUAGAUCUUGGCGGCAAGAACCUCGACGAAUACUCACUUAAAUCGCCCAAGUCACCGAUAGCUGCACGGUUGCCGCAUCAAACGUCGAUAACGUCAUCGGUGGAUGUAGAGGACAGGAAGACAUUACGAGAGGCCUUAUACCAGGGUAUAUUUCAUCGGCACCGCCGUACUAUUUUUGCCGUGGGCAGUUUUCUGCGUAUGCUGCGCAGCCGUAACUCACAAUACAAUACAAUACGCAGCUCUUCGGAAGGCGAGGACAUCGAUGAGCAGCCGAAGCAUCAUCCGCAGGAGUUGGAACAGUCGCUAGAGAACCUCCAGCCGCCUGGCCAAGAAGUAACGACCAUAUACGCAACAUCGUCAUCUGGACAACAGGGACAAUCGGAUUCGCUUUAGAUGUCCCAGUUGCUUGAGUUCAAGUUUCGAUUUAAUUAUUAGCUCAUUCGACAUCCGCGUAUGAAUCACUGCUUAUUAACAAAUAUUUUUAAACAUCGUGCAACAAUGAGACUAACCACCCGUUGUGCUAGCAUGUAGUGAGCCAUAUUAGUUCCGUAUUUAGUAUUAUUGUUGACGGACUGAGGCCAGACUUCAUCAUCUUCAGGACACAUAGAUGAAAACAAACCUUUUUGAGACUUUGCAGCUUAUCUCGUUCAUUAUUUUACCAGAUUUUUAUAUUUCACGUUCUACUUUUAACUUACUUCAAACCAACUUAAUUGUAUUGAGUUUGCAUUGCUUCAGAGCCCAGCACUACACUUCAGCUACGAACAAUUAUAAGUUACGAACAUUCCAUUCGUCUGCUUUAAAAGAAAUUCUAUAAUUCAUUUGAAAUGUACACUUAUAACAUUAAUUUUUGAUACACAUGUAAUUAUCCAUUUGUAAUACUUUGUCUUUUACAUUUUUAACUGAUAAAGUGAAAUAAGUACAGUUUUCUUAGAAUUUGGUAAAUAUUAAUAGAAAUUAUUUUUGUUCAUCUCAACUACACUCGUUAAUCUUAGAAUAAAAGGUUAUAAUAGAUUCAGAGCUAGGGUGCUGGAACCUAACAAGAAAAAUCUGGAAAUCACGCUCACUUCUACAUGUUUCUUUAAAUACAAAUUUAAAAUUAUUUUAUCAUUUAACACCAAUCAAUAUGAUAAUCUUUCAAAAAAUUACUGUUUAAAGAAGAACUUAAUUACUCAUAGAUAACUACACAUGUCGAUAGGUCUCCCGGCACUAUCUACAUCUUUAUAUCUUCAGCCCGUUACUCAUAUUGUAAAUGGGAAAUGGGGAAUUAUAAUUAUAAAACGUAUGUAACAGCACUUUUACAUACGCUUCGGCUUGCCGAAGCUAGAUUUCCUAGACUUUAUAAGAUAUUAUUUCAAAUGAACCAAAUCUUGGUUAUUAAUACAGUAAAAUGGUGAGGCGCAAAGUGCUGGGCAGCGAAAAAGUCAUAAGAUAGUCGACUAUCCUAACAUGUAAUUAUGUAUAUUGUUUUUUUGUUUGUUUUGAUUUUUCAUCGCAAUGGGAACAAAACUUAUAAAGCCGCAUUAGAAAAAAUGUUUUUAAACAAUAAGCAUAAUGCUGUAUUGCGUAAAUACAUAAUAUAUAUUUAGCUACUAUAUACGAUUUACCCAUACAUAUACUACAUAUGUAUAUUGAUAUAUUUGAAUGAACAUGUCCUACUUAUAGAACAUACAUGAUAGUUUAUGUCUUCAUUAACAUAUGAAAUGCAAUUUAUUUUCAGUUGCUAUUCCACACAUAAACAUAUAUUUUAGAGCUUUUUCAUGUUCACGGUACCUUACAUAUAUAGCUAAAUCUAUUUAUUAGGUAGUGGUUUAAGAUGUUUUUUUUGUACAGGACAAAGAUUCAUAAUCAAUUCGUGACAAAAAAGACAACAGAUAUUCGCUAAACCAUACCGCCGUUCUGUAGUUUCUCCCCUAUUUUAUGUCGAUUGAAUGAACAAUAAAAGCUUAACAAUUGCUAGUUA